AUGCCCAAAGCAACCACAAAGAAAAACAAAGCACCAAAGAAAAUGAAUACGUCAGAUCUAAAGGUCGACCUCGGUGACAAGGAUUAUCUCCAUGUGAACAUUUUUGAACGAUACCCAAGCUUCUCAAAGCUCCAUGUUGAAAACUUUACUGUUGGUGAUGAUUUGGACGACCCACAGAUGCAAACAAACAAGGAUAUAAUUUUGAGCACCAUCAAGUUCUUAAAUAAGCUCCAGUUUGAAGCCUCUAUGGUGAAUAAAAAGCGUCUCUUUCACAAAUUCAACCACAAUUUCCCACAGCUCGUCAUUGUUGACCAGUUAUAUUGCAUUCUUCCCAAUCGCAGCUGCGAAACAUACAUUGACCAAAGUGUUGAGCAAUCGAUCACCUUCGGUGCCAUAAAAAUGAUCGAUCUCAAUAACGAAAACUUCCGAUUCCGGCUGGCCAUAUUAUACGAUGACUUUAUUAAGGUAGUAAAUGAUUUAAUUGAAGAUGCAAGCUUUCGAAAUGCCUUUAUCAACCUUAUACAGGAUUACCCCAACAUGUUGCAAAUAGACUCCACCACUCUUUCUCGGUAUAAACUAGAGCCCAAGAAAUUGGUCCAGUUGGGAUUUCUCACUAUAUCCCGGGGACGUGGAGGUUUCGAAUCUGGAAGUUCAUCCAAUUCAAAUGUCUACAAUGUUGGCUUGCCGAACUUGGGUCCAUUCUUAAAGAUUGUAAAGGUUGGCAUCCGGUUUGUGUGGAAAUUAUGCCAGAGUUAUCACCAAAACGAAGUGUUGGAGACGCAUCUUAUUGAAAAAUAUACUAGAGACACACUUGCUUAUCGCCGCAUGCGAGGCCUAAACAUAACAUGGAUGCUCAGUGUGAUGGUUGGUUCGGGUUUACUAGAGUGCUACAACACUCCAGUUGGUAGGGUUUACAAACUUACCGGAAAGCAGCUUUAUUGA